AUAUUCACUCACCUUUGUGCUUUGCUUUCUGCACUCUUUCUACAAUUUCAUAUAUAACAUUACUGGAACAACAAACCCACUUCAUCAAAAUUAAUAAAAAAAAAGGUUUCUUGUAGAACCCACAUAGGAAAAACCCUAAAGAUUCAAUCUUUUCAAGAAACUGAAGCAGAAAAAGGGGGAUUCUUGAAUGAGAGAUGAUCAAUUUUGCAUGUUUUUGAUCUGAAGAUGUUUAUCUAUUUGAUGAUGGUUCAAACUCUAAUGGAGGCUUAUGUAAUUGCUACAUGAUAUGUCUGUUACAAGAAAAUCUGUUUAUAGAACAUUGAAUUUUCACGCGAUCAAGAUUCGCAUUAAAAUCUUUGAUUCGGAACUGCUCAAAUCAAGAAAAUGAAUGAAAAUCAGAAAUUCGAUCAAAUUUGGGGAUUUAGAAGGAAUGCUGAUUCCUCAAGUGAUGAGUCGAAAUCGAAUUUUAAUGUAGGAAAUGGUCAAGAAAAGGCUGGAUUAGUUCCUAAUUUAGUUACUCCUGACAACGACCGUGUAAGCGAAACCGAAACCGAUAAUCGACAUGUUCAAGUUGAGAAAAAGCCGAAAAGAGCCCGUAACGCACCAAAAAAGGAGAAGAUAAGCAAAAAGGAAGUGAAGAGCAAACCAAAGAAAGAUUCUUGUGCUUCUUCAAACAUAAAGAAGAGAGGAAGUAAUACUAGAAAGAAGAAGAGCAAGUUUAUCAGCCAAAUGACGGUUUAUGAUGAUUUUAGGAUCUUUACCGAAUCAAUCUUGGAUGAUCUUCGGGUUGCAAGGGAAACCAUGUUUGCAAAAAUGAGAAAAGAAAUGGAUCAACUCGUGAAUACAAAACCGCGUUCAAGAUCAAAGAAGCAAAAAAUUAGCGGAGGUAAUGCCACCAAAAAACCGAUCCAAAAGCCUCGUGCAAGAAAACCGACAAAAGCGAAGCAGAAAACCGAACUUCCAGCCUCAAAAGGUCUAGACCGCCCUCAAGAACACGUUGAGAAGGAAAACCCAAAAGACCCAUCUUCUAAAAACUCAAUCUUGACUGAUUCUUGUCCUAAAAAACCAAUCUUUACAAAUGCCCCAAAUCCGGUUAUCGCUUCUUCAAAUUUGACUUUACCAUUGGUCUCACCUAAAGAGAAAAAAAAUCCAAUCUUGACUGAUCCUUGUGCUAAAAAACCAAUCUUUAUGGGUGCCCCGGAUCAGAUUGUUACUUCUUCAUAUUUGACUUUACCGUUGGUAUCACCUAAUGACAAAAACAAUCCGAUCUUGAUUGACCCGUCUGCUAAAAAACCGAUCUUUACGAGUGCCACAGAUCAGAUUGUUACUUCUUCAUAUUUGACUUUACCAUUAGUUUCACCCAAUGACAAAAACAAUCCAAUCUUGAUUGACCCUUGUGCUAGAAAACCGAUCUUUACGAGUGCCCCGGAUCAGAUUGUUACCUCUUCAUAUUUGACUUUGCCAUUAGUGUUACCAAAUGACACAAGUUUGAAACUUCAAAGGGGCAACUAUCCUGGGCUUCAAGGGGAAGAAAGAUUUAGAAGCUAUGGGCAUAACAAUGCUGAACCUUCAUGUGUUGGAAACGGGUACCCGAUUGGAUUAAACCAUCAUCAAAGAUUCGAUAAUGGCAACAGUUUUGGAAUCCCAAGUCGAGGAGUUCAAGAAUUUUCGCACGAUGGUAGUCUUUUGGGUACACGGGUGAUUAACGGAGGGUUAAGAUACGGUGUGGGGUUAUCAGGCCAUCAUAUACCGAAUCAUCUUGCUUCAAGUGGCGGCUUUCGCAGUCUUUACCCGAAUUAGCCAAGAAAAUGUCGCGAAAAUGGUUCUUUAAAUUAAAUUUUGUGGAAGAUUUUUGCUUGUUUUUUUUUUUUUUUUUUAAUAUGUUGGAUGUAGAAAACAGGAUUUGGGUUUGAAUAGGUUUGGUAUGUUUUUGUAGGCUUGAUACUGUUUUUCUGUUACCUUGAAAAGGUGGUACUGAAGCAAUUGAACUUUUUUUUACCAUCA